CGCGCCGAAGGAACGCCCUCCCCGCCCCCCUCCCCCUCUCCUCCCCCCCGCGGUCCCAGGGAGGGCCCGUCGCCCCCGCCUCCCCGCACCUCCUGAUGUCGAGGAGGGACUCGAGGAAGAUGCAGGACCUGGAGGCAGCGGCUAAGGCCAAGGCGCACGUCUUCCUCAAGGUUCCCAGCCCAAUAGCAAGCAACAGCAACCCCGCUUUCCCCGCCAACCUCGCGCCGCACUCAGCCCUGCACCACUCCAAGUCCGACUCGGAGGUGAGUCAGCAACGAAGCUUCCAGGACGGAGAUUUGCUCUUAGUCGACAGCGGGAGAUCUUCCCAGGGCCAGAAUCCACGAGGAGACGCCUUGAACAACAACAGAAAUUCUUACGGCGGCGGCGGAAGAGACUUCCUCGCGGAGGACCCCAGACGGAACUCGGGGACCCUACACGACUUGGCGGCCGAGGUUAGGGUCGGUUCUGGGGGCAGUGACGGCCAGCGGCAGGAGUGCUCUGGCGACAACAGACGGAGUUCGGGGGGCAGUUAUGGCAGACUCGAGUUCGUUACAGACUCCAGGCGAGGCUCUGGCGAGGGCAGCGGCAGAGCUGACAGCAGAAGGGGUUCCAGAGGCAACGCGGUGCGGCCGGAGUUCAUUGUCGACAACAGAAAGAGUUCUGGAGGCAGCAUCGGCCGACAAGACUUUUCGGUCGACAACAGAAGGGGCUCUGGAGGCAGCAGCGGCAACAGAAGUAGAUCGCGUUGUAGCGAAUGUGAGGCGGAUUUCACGGCCUACAACAGGAGCAGCGCCGUCGGCGACAGCGAGAAGGGAAGCGCGUCCCUGAGCAGCAGAAGGGGGUCUCAGGCCGGCGUGGGUCGGGAAGCCUUCGCCGUCGACAAGAGAAGGGACUCCCAGGGACUCAGCAGGAAGGAAGGGGUGGUUCCAGGCAGUAUACGAGGCUCCCAGGGGUUCAGGUCCAAGGAUAGCCUGGCGAUGGAGAGCCGUAGGAUUUCGCAAGAGGAGAAGGCGCAGGCCGAGCGGAAGGGCGGCGGCGGCGCGGCGAAGAACCCUAAUAAGGACAGCGGCGCGGCGAGAGUGGCGCCGGGGGGGCAGGGGGUGCCCCCGCCUGUGUCUAGACAUCUGAGCGAUUCUUCAAUAGAUCUCAGUCAGCGGAAUUAUCGAUAUUCGGACGAGAAUAUCACAAGGGUUCUGGACAUGCUUUACCUGGGGAACAUCAAGGCCGCGUACUGCGAGCCGAUCCUGUGCCGCCUCAGCAUCGAGGGGAUCGUCGACCUCUCCAGCCUGCGCCCUUUCGAGGUCCCGCCGGAUAAGAAGUCCAUCUGCCCGUGCACGUGCCCCCUGCAGAUCGCACACCACAGGUCCAGGUUGUGCAUAAACAUCGGCGUCACAGAAGGACUGGACAUCGCGCCCUACAUGUCGGAGGUGAACCGGUUCAUCGAGACGCUCAGGCGGAGGAAGAGGAAUGUGCUGGUUCACUGCUACCAUGGAACCAACCGCGGACCGGCCUUCGUCAUACAGUACCUGAUGUGUGUCCACCACCUGCCCCUCGCCACCUCGUACGCCAUGGUCAAGGCGGCCUCGAAGACCAAGGUGGCGCUGCACAGGACUUUCCGAGUGGCGCUGCAGAACCUGGAGAAGGAGCUGUGGCCAUGCCGCCCACCCUCGAUGAUGCUCGAGAAGAGCGAUGUGGUCACGCCCCCGGUCGCCGCGGCGCCCAAGCCUGCCAUGCCGCCCACACGGAGCGCCUGGCAGUGAGCGGGGCAGCUGGCGAAGGCGCAGAAGGGGUGAAUGAAGGCGAACCAUGCUGAGAGGGAGGCGAGCGUGAAGGCAAGGAGGAGGCGUUCUUUUAAAGACGACGGAAGAUCUUUCGAGCGAUUGGACCGAGUCAGGAAGAGGACACAGACGUAGCUUCGCCACAGCAGAGGCUGAGCGCGGCGUCUCAUGAUGUGUUUCAUGUUGUAUCGAAAUACAUGUCAAAAUGUGUAAACCUUUUUAUGAAAUGAACUAAUCUUUCUUUUGCCGAUAAAGAAACUAUAAAUAGCACACACACAUAGA